AUGUUGUUCCUAGUUUUUUAUGAUCAAACAUUUUUAAAGAAAGGUAUUGGCCAACUAAGAGACUUUGUAAAUAGAAAUCGGAAUAAUUUAACAGUACUGGACGAAAAGGAGUGGAGUGUAAUUAUCAAAAAAGCCUUUUUGGAAUGUUUAGAAACAGAAAUCAAGGCUAAAGCAAACAAAUCAUCAGGAACAUUAAAAUCAGAGUUUGCUGUUCCAUGUAAGGAGAUUUUAACAACACUUAUUGAGUAUAGUAAAAGUGACAAUCCCGAAGAUGAUAAUUCCGACAAUGAUAAAACCUAUCUACUCAAUGCAAAAGUAAUCAAAGAUAUAAUUCAAUUUAUUUUAACAAAUAUUAAUUUUAAUGACAACAAUAAUAAUGAUGAUUCUAAUAGAAGUUUUUGCUUCUCGGCUGUCAGUUGUGAUAUUUUGAAAUCCAUAUUAGGCGUGCGUAAAUAUUCUUCCAAGAUAACAAGUGGCCUUUUUGAUGAAUUACUUCAAUCAUUUGGAGAUUUAAUUAUUGAUGGAAAGCUUUCCAUGGUUGAUGCUAAUCAUUAUGCAUCAUGUGUGGAGAUGAUCAUAUUGGAAUAUCCAAGAGAGUUCAGCGAAUCUCAAAAGAAAGUAAUGCUAGCAUUAUUUGAGGAUUACUUUUUAGGAAAAUCAAAGAAUUGCGUUUAUGACAAAGUUCAACUUCAUUUGAUAACAGCCUUAAAUUAUAUUACAACUAUACUGUCUUUUGAUGAUAUUGAUACAUUUAGAAAGUUGGCAAACACUAUUUGUUCUAAAUUACUUGUAUUAUUUUCCACAACACACAACAAUGAAUAUUUAAAAUUUGAAUCAGACAAGGUACUUUUCGUAUAA